AUCAGUUUCAAGUCGUCAGUCGAGCGGUGAACAGCUCAUUGGAAUUGAAAUUGGAAGUCGAAUUAACAUGAUGAAGACACUGGCAUUGGUUUCGCUGAUAUGCCUGACCGCCAGCACAGUUGGUGUGCUGGGCGUGAAGGUGGGUCAACAACAGCCACAGGGACUGCAAAAGCAUUUGGUUUGCUACUACGAUUCGUCGAGUUUCGUUAAAGAGGGUCUGGGCAAGUUGGUAAUCGAUGAAUUGGAACCGGCCCUGCAAUUCUGUGAUUAUCUGAUCUAUGGCUAUGCGGGCAUUGAGCGUGAAUCCCACAAAGCGGUGAGCCUUAAUCAGCAAUUGGAUUUGGAUUUGGGCAAAGGUCUAUACCGUACAGUGACUCGCUUGAAGCGUAAGUAUCCCAAUCUGCGCAUUCUACUGAGUGUGGGUGGAGACAAGGAUAUCGAGACGGGAGAAGAUGCCAAGGACUUGCCCAAUAAGUAUCUAGAGCUUCUGGAGAAUGCCACUGGACGUACACGUUUCGUGAAUACUGUCUUCUCGCUGGUCAAGACCUAUGGCUUUGAUGGUCUAGAUAUUGCCUGGCAAUUCCCCAAAAACAAACCCAAGAAGGUGCACAGUGGUAUUGGCAGUAUCUGGAAGGGUUUCAAGAAAGUAUUCUCUGGCGAUUCAAUUGUGGAUGAGAAAUCUGAAGAGCAUAAGGAACAGUUCACCGCCUUGUUGCGUGAUAUAAAGAAUGCUUUGCGACCCGAUAACCUUUUGCUCUCGACAACAGUUUUGCCGAAUGUUAAUUCAUCGCUGUUCUAUGAUGUGCCCGCUGUGAUCAACUAUCUUGAUUUCGUUAAUCUGGCCGCAUUUGAUUUCUUUACCCCACAACGAAACCCUGAAGUGGCUGAUUACACGGCCCCAAUUUAUGAGCUCAGCGAACGCAAUCCCGAGUUCAAUGUAGAUGCCCAGGUCAAGUAUUGGCUGCGUCACAGUUGUCCGGCUAGUAAAAUCAAUGUGGGCGUGGCUACAUAUGGCCGACCAUGGAAAUUGUCAGAUGAUUCCGGUGAAACUGGUCUACCACCAGUCUCUCAUGUUGUGGAUGAAGCUCCAGUGGGUGGAAACACUCAACUGCAUGGUAUCUACAGUUGGCCCGAAACCUGUGCCCUUUUGCCCAACCAGAAUAAUGCCUAUGCCAAGGGUGCCAAUGCUCCGUUGACCAAAGUUCAAGAUCCAGCCAAGCGUUUCGGUACAUAUGCCUAUCGUGCUGCCGACAAGAAGGGUAACAAUGGCAUCUGGGUAAGCUUUGAGGAUCCCGAUACAGCUGCCGAUAAGGCCGGCUAUGUCAAGAAUAACAAUUUGGGUGGAAUUGCUCUGUUUGAUUUGUCCUACGAUGAUUUCCGUGGACUCUGCACUAAUGACAAAUAUCCCAUUUUGAGGGCAGUGAAAUAUCGUUUGGUUAAUUGAAAUAUGAAUAUAGCUGAAACUCGUUGCCAUUUGACUAUGUGAAAUUAUAAAGAAUAUUUUGUAAGACAAUUUCUAAUAAAAACUUUAAUCUAUGACGAAAGCAACAUUGAAGAGA